AUGUUGCUGGAACUCUCCUCCAAUCUACAGUCCCAGUUAGGAACUUUCCCUUUUAGGAGAUCUGAUCUGUUACAGGUGAUCCUGACUGGUCUCUUUUGGUGUUAUCUCUUUUCUUCAUUUCAUCUCCUUUCCCCUUUUUCCUUUUCGUUUUCUCUUCCUUGUAAUACCUGGCUUGUGGUUCAUCGCCUGCAUCAAAACGGUGUUUGUUGGAAUUUUUUUCUUCUUGCUUCUUUUUCUUACUUUCGGAGGGUUUACCCCACGCUUUGGUCUUCAUCUCCUCAACCUCCACUGCCAGAAGCAACUUGGCUGCUGAUGGUACUUUUGGGCGGGAGAGAAGUCAAAGGGGAAUGUCGUUAUGACCUCAUCUUAUUGGAGCCAACAAAACUUUCCGUUUGGCUCAUGGCGCAAGGACAGAAAAACAACGAUUUUUAUGGAUAUGGGACUGGUGUUUUUUUAGGGUCGGCGCUCGAAAUAGACUAUGGCUCAAGCCAGACAGAUACGGGGCGAACCAGAGGAUAUCAAGAGGGUGAGAGGAACACACACAUCAACUAG